UCGUUCGUCUUCUUAAGAGAGGGACUCAGAAGAUUGGGCAUCAAUCUAUCGAUAAUGUUGAUUCAGAUUCCUCGCCUCACGAACUCUCUCAGAGACCCCUUCGAUGUCGACCAAGCCUAUCUUCAUCGCAAAACCAUUCUCCACAACCGAAGACCUCGCAAUUCUGCAAGCUCGCUUGAUGAAUCGGAACUCGCACGGAAGAUUGUUUAUGGGUGGGAAGAAGCUUCAUCAGAAGUGCGGCAGGCCUACAAGCAAUUUAUAGGAGCAGUAGUGGACUUGGUUGAUGGAGAAAUGCGCUCUGAGGAGUUCCAUGAGGUGGCGCUGGCUGUAUACCGUUUUUUUGGCAGGCCAAUGGAGGAGGAGGAUUAUAUUGAUAAAAUUAUUUCUGAUAAAAAGUUAGAAUUGCAAAAACUUAUCGGUCAUCCAAUUGCUGAUGCCAAGUUGAGGCAAGUUGCAUCUCUAGCACAGAGUCUUCUAAAUUUGCAGCCUAGCAAUACAAACUCAUCCUUUUCUUUGGAAAGCAAUCUCGAUGCUGAUGACGAUUUAGAAUUUGGAGCUGAUUUUGUUUUUCAAGCACCAGCUCGUUUCUUGGUUGAUGCAUCCUUAGAUGAUGGAGAUAUGAUGGAUUUCAAAAACACUGCUUCUUUAGCAUUUCAUGAAGAACAAUAUGGUCAUACUGACCCAACAGAUCAUUCUGUUGUCGAUGGGGAAAAGUUCAACUUGACUUGGUUAAGAGGUGCAUGUGAUAAAAUAGUUAGGAAUUGUGAUUCCCAGCUAUCCCGAGAUGAAUUAGCAAUGGCCAUUUGUAGGGUUCUUAAUUCAGAAAAGCCUGGUGAAGAGAUAGCUGGAGAUCUGUUGGAUCUUGUUGGUGAUAGUGCAUUUGAAACAGUGCAAAAUCUUUUAGUGCAUCGAAAGGAGAUUAUUGAUUCUAUUCAUCAUGGCUUAUUGAUAUUGAAGUCAGAUAAAAAUGGAUCAAAUGCUCAGUCUCGUAUGCCUAGUUAUGGGACACAGGUGACUGUUCAAACAGAGUCAGAAAAGCAAAUUGACAAGCUUCGACGCAAGGAGGAAAAGCGAAACAGACGGGGAAUAGAACAUGCUGGUGAUGGUGACUUGUCUGCACUGGAUUUCUCAUCUUUACUUCAUGCAAGUGAGAAGAAAAAUUUAUUCGAUGAGAUGAUCAGUUCUGGAGAUAGGUCUGAGUCAAUAGCUGUUACUGCUCUUCCUGAAGGAACUGUCAGGAAGCAUUUUAAGGGGUAUGAAGAGGUUAUUAUUCCUCCAAAACCAACUGCGCCAAUGAAACCUGGAGAAAAGCUGAUUGAGAUCAGGGAGUUAGAUGACUUUGCUCAAGCUGCUUUCCGCGGUUACAAAUCACUAAACCGUAUUCAGAGCAGGAUAUUCCAAACUGUUUAUGGAACUAAUGAGAAUAUACUAGUGUGUGCUCCCACAGGAGCUGGCAAAACUAAUAUAGCUAUGAUUUCAAUUCUACAUGAGAUUGGACAACACUUUAGGGAUGGUUACUUGCAUAAAGAUGAAUUUAAGGUAGUUUAUGUUGCUCCAAUGAAGGCUUUGGCUGCAGAAGUCACAAGAACAUUCAGCCAACGUUUAUCUCCUUUGAAUAUGAUUGUUAGAGAGCUUACUGGAGAUAUGCAGCUCUCUAAAAAUGAACUUGAAGAAACUCAGAUGAUAGUGACAACACCUGAGAAAUGGGAUGUCAUUACUCGAAAGAGCAGUGACAUGUCACUCUCGAUGCUAGUGAAGCUAUUAAUUAUUGAUGAAGUACAUCUACUCAAUGACGAUAGAGGUCCUGUAAUAGAGGCUCUAGUUGCCAGGACACUACGGCAGGUGGAGUCAACUCAGACAAUGAUACGCAUUGUGGGCCUUUCUGCCACUCUUCCCAAUUAUCUAGAGGUUGCACAGUUUCUUAGAGUAAAUCCAGACGCAGGCCUUUUCUUUUUUGAUUCGAGUUAUCGUCCAGUGCCUCUUGCACAACAGUAUAUUGGAAUUAGUGUGCCAAAUUUUGCAGCUCGUAAUGAAUUGUUGAAUGAUAUAUGCUAUAUGAAGGUUGUUGAUUCUAUUAGACAAGGCCAUCAGGCAAUGGUAUUUGUCCAUUCACGAAAAGACACUGCAAAGACUGCUCAGAAACUGGUUGAACUUGCACGAAGAAAUGAGGACUUGGAACUCUUUAGUAAUAGUACACAUCCGCAAUUUACCUUUAUAAAGAAAGAUGUUAUUAAAUCCAGAAACAAAGAUCUUGUUGAACUUUUUGAAUUUGGCAUGGGUAUUCAUCAUGCUGGGAUGUUACGUUCAGAUAGAGGACUUACUGAGCGGCUUUUCUCUGAUGGACUUCUGAAGGUACUUGUCUGUACAGCAACUCUGGCAUGGGGUGUCAAUCUACCUGCCCACACAGUUGUCAUUAAGGGUACCCAAUUAUAUGAUCCAAAAGCUGGUGGGUGGAAAGACCUGGGUAUGCUUGAUGUUAUGCAGAUAUUUGGGCGAGCUGGGAGACCUCAGUUUGACAACAGUGGUGAAGGUAUCAUAAUUACAUCUCAUGACAAACUAGCAUAUUAUCUGCGACUGCUGACAAGUCAACUACCUAUAGAAAGCCAGUUUAUUAGCUCCUUGAAAGAUAAUUUAAAUGCGGAGGUGGCAUUGGGUACUGUAACUAAUGUUAAGGAAGCUUGUGCAUGGCUUGGCUACACAUAUCUUUUCAUAAGGAUGAGAAUGAAUCCUUUGGCUUAUGGUAUUGGGUGGGAUGAGGUGAUGGCAGAUCCUGCUUUACGCUCUAAGCAAAGAUCUCUUGUAAUUGAUGCUGCACGUGCACUUGAUAAAGCAAAAAUGAUGCGGUUUGAUGAGAAAAGUGGCAAUUUUUACUGUACUGAGCUUGGUCGCAUUGCAAGCCAUUUUUACAUUCAAUAUUCCAGUGUUGAAACAUACAAUGAAAUGUUGAGACGCCACAUGAAUGAUAGUGAGGUGAUUAACAUGGUUGCACAUUCUUCUGAAUUUGAGAAUAUUGUUGUUCGAGAAGAAGAACAGAAUGAACUAGAGAUGUUGGCACGCACAUCGUGCCCAUUAGAAAUUAAGGGUGGUCCUUCCAAUAAACAUGGAAAGAUUUCCAUUCUGAUUCAGUUGUACAUAUCUCGAGGCUCUAUAGAUUCUUUUUCUUUGGUAUCUGACGCCUCAUACAUAAGUGCAAGCUUGGCUCGUAUAAUGCGGGCUUUAUUUGAGAUUUGCUUGCGAAGAGGCUGGUGUGAGAUGUCUUUGUUCAUGUUGGAUUAUUGCAAAGCUGUGGAUCGCCAAAUUUGGCCGCACCAACAUCCUCUUAGACAAUUCGACAAGGACCUUUCUGCAGAAAUACUGCGGAAGCUUGAAGAACGUGGGGCUGACCUAGAUCACUUGCUGGAGAUGGAGGAAAAAGACAUUGGGGCAUUAAUUCGUUAUGCACCUGGAGGAAAGUUGGUCAAGCAAUACCUAGGGUAUUUUCCAUCACUUCAGUUAUCUGCAACUGUGAGUCCAAUAACCAGAACUGUCUUGAAGGUUGAUUUGGUCAUAACACCUGUUUUCAUUUGGAAAGAUCGUUUUCAUGGUACCGCUCAACGUUGGUGGAUUUUGGUAGAGGAUUCCGUGAAUGAUCACAUCUACCACUCUGAACUCUUUACCCUAACAAAGCGGAUGGCUAAGGGGGAACCUUACAAGCUUUCUUUCACUGUGCCUAUAUUUGAACCACAUCCACCACAAUAUUACAUCCAUGCCAUUUCUGAUUCCUGGCUUCAUGCAGAGGCAUUCUACACUAUUACUUUUCAUAAUUUACCAUUGCCAGAGGCUCGUACUGCUCACACAGAACUACUUGAUUUAAAACCUCUUCCUGUUUCUUCCCUUGGCAACAGUGCUUAUGAAGCGUUAUAUAGAUUUUCACAUUUUAAUCCUAUACAAACACAGACUUUUCAUGUCUUGUAUCACACGGACAAUAAUGUUCUAUUAGGAGCUCCAACUGGAAGUGGAAAAACUGUAUCUGCUGAGCUUGCUAUGCUUCGUCUUUUCAACACUCAGCCUGAUAUGAAGGUUAUUUAUAUAGCACCUCUGAAGGCUAUCGUUAGGGAAAGAAUGAGCGAUUGGAAAAAGCGUCUUGUUUCUCGACUAGGGAAAAAGAUGGUUGAAAUGACUGGAGAUUAUACUCCAGAUUUGAUGGCCCUCUUGUCUGCAAAUAUCAUCAUAUCUACUCCUGAAAAAUGGGAUGGUAUUAGUCGUAAUUGGCAUAGUCGUAGCUAUGUCACAAAGGUUGGACUUGUGAUAUUGGAUGAGAUUCACUUAUUGGGAGCUGAUCGUGGGCCUAUCCUUGAGGUUAUCGUUUCUAGGAUGAGAUACAUAUCAUCACAAACAGAGCGUGCAGUAAGGUUUAUAGGCCUUUCUACAGCUCUGGCUAAUGCUGGUGAUCUAGCUGAUUGGUUAGGCGUUGAGGAGAUUGGACUCUUCAAUUUCAAGCCAAGUGUGAGGCCUGUACCUCUGGAAGUUCAUAUUCAGGGAUAUCCUGGAAAGUAUUACUGCCCAAGGAUGAACAGUAUGAACAAACCAGCAUAUGCUGCUAUAUGCACCCAUUCACCGGCAAAACCAGUUCUUAUAUUUGUCUCAUCACGACGCCAGACAAGACUUACUGCACUGGAUUUAAUUCAGUUUGCUGCUUCAGAUGAACAUUCAAGGCAAUUCCUUGAUAUGCCAGAAGAAGCACUGCUGAUGGUUCUGUCUCAAGUCUCUGAUCAAAACCUGAGGCAUACUUUACAAUUUGGCAUCGGGUUACAUCAUGCAGGCUUGAAUGACAAAGACAGAUCUCUGGUUGAGGAACUUUUUGCAAACAACAAAAUUCAGGUAUUGGUUUGUACCAGCACAUUGGCUUGGGGUGUGAAUCUUCCGGCUCAUCUAGUGAUUAUCAAGGGCACAGAAUUCUAUGAUGGAAAAACCAAGAGGUAUGUUGAUUUUCCAAUCACUGAUAUAUUGCAAAUGAUGGGUCGUGCAGGACGGCCUCAAUUUGAUCAACAUGGGAAAGCAGUGAUUCUUGUUCAUGAACCCAAGAAGAGCUUCUAUAAAAAGUUCUUGUAUGAACCCUUUCCUGUUGAGAGUAGUUUGAGGGAGCAGCUGCAUAAUCACAUUAAUGCCGAAAUUAUUUCUGGAACAAUUUGCCAUAAACAAGAUGCAAUGCAUUAUCUUACAUGGACAUACUUAUUCCGUAGACUGAUGGUUAAUCCGGCCUACUAUGGAUUGGAGAAUGCUGAACCUGAGUUUCUAAGUUCAUAUUUAUCUAGCCUAGUACAGAGUACAUUUGAGGAUUUGGAAGACAGUGGAUGCAUAAAGAUGAAUGAAGACAUGGUGGCACCCACGAUGUUGGGUUCAAUAGCAUCUCAGUAUUACCUUAGCUAUAUGACUGUAUCAAUGUUUGGUUCAAACAUAGCUCCAGAUACAUCACUUGAAGUUUUUUUGCAUGUCUUAUCUGCUGCUUCCGAAUUUGAUGAACUCCCCGUGCGUCAUAACGAGGAAAAAUACAAUGAAGCACUGUCUGAGAAAGUUAAAUAUCCAGUGGAUAAGAACCGUCUGGAUGACCCUCAUGUCAAAGCAAAUCUUCUAUUUCAGGCUCAUUUUUCUCAAUUGGAGUUACCAAUUAGUGACUAUGUCACAGACUUGAAAUCAGUAUUAGAUCAGAGUAUACGCAUAAUUCAGGCCAUGAUUGAUAUAUGUGCAAACAGUGGUUGGCUUUCAAGCUCAAUUACUUGCAUGCAUCUUCUGCAAAUGGUCAUGCAGGGUUUGUGGUUUGACAAGGACUCUUCCUUAUGGAUGCUGCCAUGCAUGAAUGUUGAUCUAAUAAGUACACUCAGCAGAAGUGGAAUUUCUAGUGUACAGGAAUUACUAGAUAUUCCCAAGGCAGCAUUGCAGACUGUAACAACAAAUUUCCCGGCUUCAAGAUUGUAUCAGGAUCUACAGCACUUCCCUCAUGUUAAGAUGAAAUUAAAGCUUCAGAUGAGGGACAAUGAUGGUGAGAAGUCCCAGACAUUAUACAUCAGAUUAGAGAAGACCAAUUCUAGACGACACUCUUCCAGAGCAUUUGUACCUCGAUUUCCAAAGAUAAAAGAGGAGCAAUGGUGGUUGGUUCUUGGCAAUACCUCUACGUCUGAGCUUUAUGCUUUGAAAAGAGUUUCUUUUUCUGAUCACUUGGUUACCUCCAUGAAGUUGCCUCUAACUCCAGCUAGUCUUCAGGGUAUAAAACUGAUUUUAGUCUCCGACUGUUACAUUGGAUUUCAGCAAGAACACUCCAUUGAAGAACUUGUUCGAUUUCAAUAGCUGGGCUUUGACUAGCGGAGCUAUCCUUGGUCGGUGGCUUCUAAGUUCUGUAUAAGAUGUUCUAUUUAAGCACACAUUUACCUUGUUUUGGGGUAGGGGUUAAUUUGGUAGUCGUACAAAAAAAUUCUUGUAAACUGAGUAGCUAUUCGGCUCAAUCUGUAAAUAUCCAUAUCCAUAGGAUUUGCAAUUUGUUGCUUUUAAUUUUUGUUCCAUGGAGUGACCACAAUGAUCCAGUUUUCUAAGUCAUGUCACAUUUAGUACGUGUAAAGAACCAAUUCAACUCAAAAGU